AUGAAUCAUCUGAAACUAGAAAAAGAAACGAAAAAGGCAGAAGAAUCUAUUGAAAAAUUGUCAAAAAUUGAAGAAAAAGCAGAAAUUGAGGAAAAAGCAGCACCAAUUCAAGUGAAAGGAUCAUUUUCGAUUCCACAAUUCCUCGCAGCUUCGGCAGCGAACCAAGAGCUUUUGAGGCAAAUGGGCAAAUGGCAAAUGACUCACUUUUCUCAGCCUCAAUUUCCCAGCACUUCAAAUGGCUUCUCUCCAAUCGCUCUCCGCUCUCCUUUCACUGGAAUUCAUCCACACCUGCAAAUGCCUCAAUUUUCAAUUCCAAAUGGACACCAGCCAAGCACAUCAAAUUUUCCGUUUAAUGGCCUCAUCUCUCCCACAACUCUUCCCAUUCACUUAUCGCCAACAAUAAGAAAUCAUGACCAGUCAUCUUCUCAACUAUCAACAUCAGCAUCAACAUCAGCAUCAACAUCAACAUCAGCAUCAACAUCAACAUCAACAUCAACAUCAACAUCAACAUCAGCAUCAACAUCAACAUCAAAAGAAAUCUGCAACUCGCUUCCAAGUAAUGAAAAAAGGAAACGAUCGAGAAUCAAGAUCCCAGAGACUCCCAUUCGAAAGGAAAUCGAAGAAAAAAAGCCAUUCAUCUUAUUAGUUGAUAAAGCCGAUGGACCGAAUGGAGUCAAUAAAAAGCUUGAGAAACUUUUCCCAUUUGGAAGUGGAAUGGCUAUUGUGAAACUACUCAACAUUGUUCAACCGCCAGAGUUUGAAGUGAAAACGGAUUGUUUCGUGAAGCUGGCAGAGUCGAGCUCACUUUCGACCAAAUCAAAACGUAAACGUCAUCCUUGCGAGAGUCGGCACGAUUUUUCGCUGAGCCAAAGAAAACGAAUGUCAGAAGUUUAUGGAGAGCCCCUUUGCUCUCGUUAUAAAGAAGCUCGACUGUACACUGUGAAGCUAAAAGAAUACGAUAGA